CCACGUGGUGGUAUUUGAGAGAAGUUGUUUGAUGACAUGCUUAAGCAGUGCUGCACGAGUUGAAUCAACAUAUACUACUGUAAUACAAAAAGUAGAUGAAUUACAUCUUACACUAGUAUUUUGAAAAUACAUAAUUUUCUUCUGCAAAUUUAAAAUAUGUCGUCGACAGAAGAAAACCAGGAACUUAAGGCUGGUCAUCCUCCAGCAGUAAAAGUGGGAGGAAUGCGCAUUACUCAACACAAACCUUCAAUUCAUGAGAAGCUUGCAGAACCUCCAAAGAAGGAAGAGGAGGAGGAGGAGGAAGAAGAAGAGGCUCAAGUAAGCAAAAGUCCACCAAAGCAACAGUUGAUGAUAUCUGGAGCUCUUGCUCGGGGGGAUUCAGACUUUCCUCCUGAAGCUGUCAGAGCAUUUCAUGAGAAGCCUACACCAUCUAAAGAUAAUCGUAACAUUUCCAACAAACCAGCUGUUAUUCAUCAACCAAGGAAAUAACCAAUACAUUUUGAUGGUGGGAAAAUAAUAUUUUUUUAAACAUUUUCUUCUCCAUUUUAGCUUGGGCAUGUUUAUGAUUUGGGAUGGGUUUUUGAAAUGAGUUUGUUCUGGUAAGUUUGAAAGAAAUAUUAUUGAUUAUUAACAUUUUACUAAGAUUGUUUUAAAUGUCACAGUUCUUUUGUUUUGUUUUAUCUCGGGCAAAAACAUCAGUCAGAGAAAUCACACAUUUUUAUCUUGUUGUCUAUUGUAUAGUUUGUAUUCUCAAAUGAUCCUUCCGACUCCUUAUCCAGCCCAGGUUAUAUUAGAAUUUCCUGCAUUAUCAAAUUUGCAGAUCUUUAAAAUUUGAAUAAGACUGCAUUCUUUACAAUAGAAGGCAUGUUUGUGAAAUGUGUAAAGUUCCAAAUAAAUUAAUUUAUAUUUGAAAUGACUAUGUUUUUUAACAAGUAUAAAACAUUUGUUAACUUUUAGAUUUAUAUAAAAAAUAUACAUACAAUUUCUAAUAAAUACUACUAAUAAUAUUGCAAUUGUUUAAAAAAAAUUGUUUUUCGGUACUUAUGAGUGAAAGUAAAAUGUUUAAUCAUGUUAUCCAGUGCCAAUGAGUCAUUUCAACCAAAAUAAAUUAGCUGACCUUUGACUUAAUGUCUAAAUCAUACUGCAGGGGAGCAAUCUUUUUUUUUUAUCCUCAAGAGCUAGGAUUGUUUAAAAGUAUAUUAAUGUUUACUUGUGCAACUGAAAUAAAAGUUUUAUGAGCCA